AUGGCCACCUCUUCAGUGCUUGCACAGCUUCUUCACCUACUUCGAAAAUUUGUGACAGCUAUUUUUAAAGCAAACCCUAUACUGCGAGCGCUCACGCUGUUCCUUCGACGAAUCUUAUUCUGGUGGAGCAUUGUUCGAAAAAGAUGGCGAAGACUGCUUGGCUGGAAAGGAGAGCGCCAGCCUUCACUCCAAGAUGGGCCAAAACGUGGUCGGUGGUCGAUAGUGGUGGAUGCAGCGUCCAAGGAGAAACGGGAAGAGAUUUUGGACGAAGCAACCCCUUCAAGUUCGGAUGCCUUUCCAUGCACCCUGGUCAAGGAUGGAGAAGCUGUCCCUAUAGCCGAUGCUGCCCAUUCCCUCUAUCCCUACUCUGACGGAAUACGCAACUCGUCUCGGUCCUCGCAAAGUCUCCAAGCUGCCAGAUCCUCCCAUAACCUCACCAUUAUGGCCCGGAAUGCUUCAAGGUCGUCGCAUAACUUUGGUUCCGACUGGUCGCGAUCCAUCCACUCAGAAGACGAAGGCUACACAUUCGACGUCGAGCAAACACCGACCGCUGCACACACCCCGAGACCGAAUCCUCGCGCACCCGUGCCCCGCAGGCAAUGGUCCACAUCACUCCCGGAGCUCGAGAAACUUAAAUCAAGCGUUGGAAUUCCUAUGUGCCAGCUCACAAGUGGCACUCCCGAGAUAGAGAUCUUCUCGCCCACCGGAAGGAGUGUACCACCCGUCGAGUUUACCCAGUCAGAGUCUCCAACACCUGCACGAUACCUCGAAAUUGAGCGCAUCUCGCCAGUUAUGCCGGAGGCUGCACAACGCUAUGAAAAUCGGCCGGUGAUUCGGAAGGUGGAGACGGAGGUGACCAUCGAUUCCUUGACCACGUCUUUCGUUAAGCCUCUUCCGCCAGAAGGGUGGGCUAAACAUACUCAUCCAGAGGGCGCACGUUAUUUCUAUCACAAGGAGAAGAGGGUCUACACCGAUGCUGACCUAUACGACGACGACAUAUUAACCCAGGCCCAUGAGGAUCUCGAAACGAUGGAAAAUUUCAUCUCCAAAAACCACAUCACCUUGCCCGAAAAUCACGACCUUGUCAUCGAUCUGCGUUAUCAAGAGGACAAGACGAUUGCGACGACGUACUACUAUGUGGACCAUACCUCCCGCACGAUCUUUUUCUUGGAUACCUACGAAGCGCGCAACCUUUAUGCUUGCUACGAGAUUCUGGGCUGCAAGACAGAUAGUCAUCUUGGGCAUGAGAUCGAGGCUCAAUAUUGGUUAUUCGUCCAGUUCUAUCCCAACAGCAUCCCGUUGACGUCUAUGUUGAUUUCUGAACUUCGAGAUGUCGCUUUACACUUCAUCGGAGACAGCAUGACAUCGCCGUUCUCGACAUCGCCAUACACGAUGGAUGAUCUGUACAAGAUCCUGACCCUAACGAGCAAUGCGGAAAAAAACAUCGGCUUGCGAUCUGUCGGCACCACGAGUCUCCUGACCCGCCUCUUAUACAUCUUCGCUCAUGCAAGGUUCCAUAACUUCCACGGAGAAGCACAUGCACGCAUUGAACGAAAUAUUUCGGUAUACGGUGAAUCGACGACUCGACGUACAUGGCUUAUCAAGGCCAUGUCUCCCAUCCUGUUUUCUGCGCCUGAUGUCCAUCUGCGGACACUGCAAAAGAUGUGGGUGGACAAGCUGAUGCAUAAAGCGGUAUGGGAGGAAUCGGUUAAGAAGAUGAAUGAUGAAUGGCAGGAGUUCAUCCUGUUUGCCACUGUCCUGCUCAACGCUAAUGUUGCCUUCCUCGCGAUCCAGAGUGUUGACAUCGAACAGGAUCCUUAUCGAUCGGCAGCACAAAUAUCUAGCUACCUCUCCGUUACUGCAAGUAUUGGCAGCAUCAUCCUUGGUCUUCUGCUAAUCAGACAGAACCGGACCAAAAAUCGAGAGACUGCGGAGGAUGUGCACAAGUUUUUGUUAAGACGAAGUCACUCGUCCUUGGGCCUGGAAACACUGGCUAUUCUCUACAGUCUACCCUACGCACUCCUAAUGUGGGCCAUGGUCUCCUUCCUCGCCGCGUUCGCAUGCAUGUGCUUCCAGGACUCGAACAUAACCACCCGUGUGUCUGUCGGCUCACUUUGCGUUGCCCUCGUCGUCCUCGUCGCCUGGUGCGUGUGGAGUGCUUGGGAAAGCCAGCCUGAAGACAACGCCGUCGCUCUUCCUCCCUCCGACUCCGAGAGCGCCAGACCCAGCGAGAAGGCAAGCGAGAAAGCAAGCCAGGUAGUGAGAAAAGCGACACUGCUCGACUGGCAGUGGAUACCGUCCUUCCUGAGGAUGACUACGCGACGAGAGUCGUAUGACUCGCAGGAGACGGCUGUAUGA